UUAAUUAUCUUUAAGCGUAAUUAUAUAGCGCCACCUAAAAACUUUUGUUAUAACUUGGGGAAAAAUCACAUAGAUUAUUGUGUUUAUUUUUGACUUUUGUGGAGUCCUAGACAUCUAUCUAAUUUGUUAAGUCGUGGUUUGUUUUUUAGUAAUUUGUUUUGAAUUGCAAAGUAAGUUUGUUCUCUAAAAAAAACAGCUGAUAUAUCAUUUUUGACGUCAUUUCUUUAAAGGGCGGAAGCAUCUACUAUGAAUAAAAAUGGACCUCCUCCACCUUAUGAACCACCUCCAUCUGCACCGCCUAGUUAUGCUCAAUCCGUGGGCGUAUCACCAGCCAGUCCAUUUACACCAGCAGAAGCUUAUGCCAAUGGACCCACCAUAGUUACGACUAUAGUUCCUUUAGGUACUGGACCAACACACACAAUUUGUCCUCAUUGUCAUGCUGAAAUUGACACAACAACGAGAACAGAACCUGGAAUGAUUGCCUAUAUUUCUAGUGUUGUGAUUGCAUUACUUGGUUGUUGGUUCGGAUGCUGCUUGAUACCUUGUUGCAUUGACGAAUGUAUGGAUGUACAUCACACAUGUCCAAAUUGUAAGGCAUACCUUGGACGUUACCGAAGAUAAGUUAAAAAUCAAAAACGACCAAUAACUUUGCAUUUCUACGCGAAGCAUCGAGAAGUUAGGAAAAAAAUAUUAUCUAUAUAUAUUAAUAAUUAUUCCAAAAUGACCAAAUUCACAAGCUUUUUAAAAAUUUCUUCUAAAGUUCCAAAAUUAUAUAAAAAUAAUAUUUUAGUUAACAUUAAUGAAAAAGCAAUAGUUUUUUUUCUGAUUAAUUUUCUAUAAUUGACUCAUUAUUAAUUCCUUGCUGCUUCUUUUUCUUCUUGUUAUUUUAAUUACAAGUAUUAUUUAGUAGAAAGAAAAUUUAAUAAAAAUAGAAAUUACCUGCAAAUUUAGCGAGGAAAUGGGUAAUAACUAUUGAAUAAAAUGUGUCACCGAAUUUAUUGUAGAUGAGGUGUAGGUAACUUAGAUUUUUGAAAAUAAUUUAUUUUACACUCGCAAAACUUGUCUAUCAAAAAAAUAAUCAUCAUUGUAAAAGUAUAACAGACUUUUAUAACGUGUGUUUUACAUAACUAGUACCUGUAAAAGCAAACAUGCUGUAUUAAAAAAAAAGAGGAACUUUACAAUUGUUGAUAAAAAGUGUUUUUUUAAAAACACUUAUUAAAUUUAUCGCUUUUUGACACGUUUCUAUAUAGAUGAUAUUAAUAUUUUUCUGCGUAAUUAAUUUAAGAAUUCGCAGCUACUGAGAAAGACUAUAAAAAGGACUGUUUUUGACGCAGCUAUGAUUCUUUUUUUUAACAAAUUCUAACGGACUUCUUAAAUAUUUUAUCUAGAAUUCAAAUUGAGAAUAAUUUCAAUUUUUUAAUUGAACACAAACUAUUUUAAUCAAUUUUUAUAAUGUACUUGCUAAAAAACACAUUUAUUUAUUUGAAAAGUUUUUUUUACAUCUAUAGAAUACGUACAAAAACUUAUUACACAAAUUAAUGUUUUUAAGCACAUUUUAUCACAAGUAUAUAUUGAAAGUAUGUGCCUUUUUAUAUUUAAGCCAAUAGUUGAUUAAUUAAAAAAAAAAAAUACGAAUAGUACAAUGGAAACAAACUUUAUACACAAUCAUUGAUACUGAGCAAAUGGUAGACAAUAUUAUGAUCUUACAAUUUGAGAAAUUAUAUUUAAUUUUUGUUUUGUGUUGAAAAAAUAAUAUUAAAAAGAUGUUUUCUAAUCAAAUUAAUUAUUGUCAUAUUUGAAUUAAUAGUUUUAAUCGUUAUUGUAGAUAUUUUACAGUAAAUUUAAUUUUGUCAUUAUUGUAUGACUCCGAGGUUCUGAUCUAAUAAUUCUACCUAAUUAUUUAACUAUUUUUUGACUAUUUUAAUAUGUAAUGUAUUAGAAUGUGUGGUCUAGAAUUUUAAUAUUAUUUACUAUUGUAAACUAAUCAUAUAUUGAAAUAAAAAAAAUUCUUGACAAUUUACACAA